UGGUCGGUGCUGCAGCCGGACACUUCUGGGAGCCCAAUGCUGGGGAAGGCAUAUCUGCAGGAAGCACCCGUCCAGAAAGAGGGUGCGGGAGCGAGGUUUCUGUGCUCGUGGAGAACCAACCAGCCCCUUCCCGGAUCCCCCUGGGGAUCAACUCGCGUUGAAAUCGCAGCGGGCGGAGAGAAGAGGAAAUCGCUUUCAACCAAAGUGCCUGACUACACCCUGACGGCUUCUUUCGGCUGACUGGCACCCCGCCCGAAGGGACGAUUUGAACGCAGAGAGCUUUACGUUGUUAGGCGGAGAGCGCAGCAACUUCGCCUGCGAAGGACUUGAAGCGUCGCCCGGCUUAAUCCAAGUUUAGGAAAAGCGGUCCUUUAUAAGCCUACUGCAUCUCCUCGUUCAGCCUUCUUCUGCAAGACCAUGGCUGAUGGCGAUUUCGAGAACACUUUCAGUAUAAAUAAUACUUGUAAAGAUUCAGUUGAAACGGAUGAUUUUCUACAUUAUUCACUUAUUCCAUCAGUUGUCAUCAUUUUGAUCCUUGCCUGUCUUGAAAAGAGAACAAAAAGGUUUUGGUUUGAUGACAAAUACCCCAAAUGUCCAAAACGUUGUGGGUUACUGCUCCCAAUGGAGUCUGACAGCUCAAUCAGCAAUCGAUGGUCAUUGGGAUUUGCAUUUGGUGCUACUGCUGAUAAAGUCAUGAUUCUUUUUGGGAAACAGUACUUUCCAGAGGGAUUUCCUGCCUGGGCUAAAGUGUUUUGGGUCAUCGUCAUGGCUUUUGAAGUGGGCCUCUCCUCAUACCCUUUCUUUGUCUGUCUUUUAACAAAAUAUGAAGUUGUAGGAGCAGUCUUGGGAUUUUUUUACACAGCAGCUUGGACAGCUAUCACGAUCUUAGACCUUAUAGAGUGCCCUGACGAUGAUGCUGUGGGAAAGUUCAGUGGCAUAAUUCUGAUGUGGCCAUCCUUGCUGUUCCUGUUCCUUCUGCUGGGACGUUUUCUUUUUAAUUUUGUGAACGCAGUGAGAAUUUCAUGUCUAUACAGCCGAGAUGAGAAAGCUUCUUUUAUGGAAGAACACCAGUUGCAGUAUGUCCAGCAGUUGCUGAGAAAGCCUGAGUUUAGGCAUCCCCAGAAAAACUGGAUUAAGAGAAAGUUAUAUCAAUGGGACCCCUACUUUAAAUUCCCCAGCAGAAUAAUCAGCACAGUUGUCGUUAUGUUCCUAUGUCUUUACAUGUUUAUUGUGAUAGAAAAUUUUGCGGCCAAUUUGCUUUUGAACACACUCAAAGACGUGCUUGGGCUCUUUAAAAAAAACAUUCCAAAUUUGGAAAAUGAUUCAUGGAUCCAUGACUUUGAAGAGUUUAUCCAUGUCGUAGAAGGAAUUUGGAUUAUUACUACUGUUAUUGCUUCUAUCACAUGUAUUGGAUAUGUAUUUAACAUCUUAGUCUGCUACAGAAAGCAGAUUAAACUAUUGAGAGCAGGCAAAAAGCACCUAAUUGUGUCAGAAACUAUGAAAGUGUCAUCUUCUCAAAGCGUGGUAGCACUAUCAAAGUACAUCUCUUUCCAAGUUGCAUACAUGAUGUGGGGAUACCUAAUCAUGCAUUUGCUGCAGUGGUUAUUUGGAGUAAUACUUACGUAUAUUUUGAUUUUACCCAUGAUACAUGGCAAGUGGAUGGAGCUUUUCAACAAAUGGGGAAUUACGGUCCUGACAUUUGUCAUUGUCCUAGUGAUCAAGAAGAUACAGGUGCUUGUCGGUGCCAGAUUUUUUCUCCAGCCAAAAAUGUCACCGAGUGACAGUCAAAAGCCUUUGGCACUUGAUAACAGGAGAGUCUUCAUAAACUUCAGUUAUUUUCUAUUCUUCCAUUCGGUGGUUGUGGGCUUAACUUCCUGUCUGUUCAGACUGGCCCGCAGCAUCGUUCUUGGGGCUUGGCUGGUUGGACGGAUAGAUCGGCCAGUAAUGCCAAAAGGUUAUGAACAAUGUGAUGCAGGAUUCUCAGUUUGGAUUGGAAUGCUUUUUCUGGACCACUAUCACACAAAUCCCAUCCUUGUGUGCUUCUGCCAAAUCCUUUGCAACAAAUUCAAACAAAAAAACCUGUCAGCCGAUUCAUAUUCAUCUGUGGAUCAUAUUUAUUCAUUGGAAAUAGUUCCCAGAGUGUCUAGCAAAGCCAGGACAAGAUGGCUCCUGUUCUAUACACUUCUGAAUAACCCCAGUCUCCAAAAAAUCCGGAAGCUAAAACCUCUCUCUUAUUCAAUUGACUUAUCAAAUUUUUGUUUUUUUGACAAUGUACACUAAAUAUACUUAGAGCCCUGAGCGUACAGUUGCCUCUGUGGUCAGCCAUGAUUUAGUAUUUGAUCCGAGUUGUGAUCUAAAGGAGCUUGCUGACAUAUUCAUUUGUUUCCUAAAUGAACACUUGCAGCAUGGCUAAUAUUUAUUAUGCUACUGUGCUGUAUUCAAUCCCAGCAUCACUAUAUGAUAACUGCAGUGAGAUUAUUAUAUGUGCACAACCCACAAUGGAGGAAUGGUUGACGAAGAUGACAGAAUUUGCAAUGAAGGCUAAAUUCACUUCCUUAAUUAGAGAAAAGACAAGAUCAACAUUAUUGACUGGAAACUCCAUAUAGAUUUUGUUUGCUUGAAAGAGAAAAAAAGAAAUUACAAUUUGAUGAUUAAAAAAAUUGAUAAUGGUAAAAAGAGAUUUUUUUUCCCCCUUAUAACCAUAGACUAAGCGGUAAUUUUGUAUUGGUGCUUGUAAUUGCUGUAAGGAAAAUUGGAAGCCACUUCAAUUUUUUUUUUCAUUUUUUUAUUGUUGUACCUUUGGCUCUCUCUCUCUCUCUCUCUCUCUCUCUCUCUCUCUCUCUCUCUCUCUCUCUUUCCUUCCUUCCUUCUUAUAAUUUAUAUUAAUUCUUGUUAGUUUUUACCUUUGUCUUAAAAUACCUAAUAAAAAUUAUUUGCUUUAAUAGCAAAUACUUUGAACAUCAGUUGAUAGAAUGUUUUGUGGCGACGGGAAACCAAGUGUGUGUCCCCAUCUGGUUCCCUUCUCCAAUUUUGUGCCAUUAGAUCCAACUUUCUAAGAUCAACCAUUCAAGUCCCCAAAUACGUCUCUAAUGCCAGUGUGAAACUGGAGACAGGCUUCAUGAAAAUGGAGCUAAAGUAUGGGUGACUGUACCCAACGAUUGAAUCAGAUUAUAUCUUUUUCUCCUUGGCCUUCUCCAUUAAUUAUGAGGAAUGAUUUUCAGUCCACAUGGAAAAAGGCCGUGGCAACUAAAAUUGCAGCUUUGCUCUUCUCUCCAGAUCUUUUACUCAGCAUGGGAGAUGAUCAAGCCAAAGCACUCAUUAAACAGUAUAUAGCAGACACAAAGUACCAAUGCACUCUGCCUCGCUCAUGACACACUUAACUAACCUCAAACUACCUAAACACCAAAAGGCCUUCAUUCUGGCACAAUGUCAUACCUUCCCCUCAGGUAUUCUUGAAGGGUGAUACAGGAAGAUCCCCUACCUAAAGAGAGAUGCCCCUUGAUUCUUAGAAACAAGAAAACAUGUACUUCUCCAGUGCCAGUACUACAGAGACAUUCAUGCAUACUCACCAUUAUUGAUAAACGCCCAAAUUACAUUUCCCUGCUACUUUCAGACAUUAACCCUGCUAACAAUAUAAUGUUGCCAGGCUUUGCCCAGCAGUGCUUAAAAUCUGUCAGAUGACCUAUGCCAGUGUUUCCCAAACUUGACAAUUUUAAGGCAUGUGGACUUCAACUCCCAGAAUUCCACAGCCAGCGUUGCUGGCUGUGGAAUUCUGGGAGUUGAAGUCCUCAUGCCUUAAAAUUGUCAAGUUUGGGAAACACUGACCUAUGCCAUACACUAGUCUUAAUGAGCAUUUAGUUAUUCAAAAGUGCUUUGUACUAUGAUAGAUUUAGUUUGCCGUAUACUAAAUUGUAUGCUUCCUCCUGUUGAUCUAAUAUUUCUACCUUUCCUUUUAGUUUUUUAAAGUCUUGUUUUUAUAUAUUUUAGCAUUGAUUUUUCUUUUCAAUUAUAUUUUGUUGUAUCCUUUAUACUUUUUAAUCCUGUGUACCCCAUCCUCCUUAUGCUGGUAAUCCUGUGUACCCCAUCCUCCUUAUGCUGGUAUUAAAAAUUGGAACUUUGAAGGUAUAUGUGCAUUGGCCAUAAUCUGAUGUUUACAUACAGUAACUCUUUGAUGAAGCCAUACAGCAGGAACAGGGAAAUUCAACAUGCCAUUCAGAUGCUGUUGAAUAUCAACCCCAAUACUUGCCAUAGACACGUCUAGUGAUCAUGGAUAAGCAAAGAUGUGCUUCAGGAACUUCUUUGGAAUGCAGAAACUUUCUGAAUAGAGGUUAUUUCCCUAGGGCAUCUAAUUUCACCAGACCAUCCCUGAGGUGAUAUAAGAGACUUUUUCCCAUGUAAGGUAAUGUGGAUGGUUGUUAAGAAAUAAAUAUACAACUGUAACUUUUGUUUGAGGUUUACUUAAGUUUAAAUGUUUUGUAUUUUUAGUUCUAGUUAACCCUGUAUUCAGCU